ACACGGAAGUGUUUGCAGCUGUGCGGCUUUUGGAGGAUGUGAGCAGCACAGGGUCUGCUUACAUGUGGAAAACUUCUUUUUGUUCAUUUUAAAUGGUUUUCAUCACCGCUUAACGGUUAAAAGCGACGCUGGAGCGGAACCGGUGGUUCGGACGGACUUGGGAUUUUUUUCUGCAUCUGAUGACCACGAUGAAGGUGUUUCGCUGUCCUGGUCGCCAUGGUUACGCCGUGGAGGCGUCGCCGUUCCUCCCGAACCGACUGGCCUGCGCGGCGUCCCAGUUCUACGGGAUAACUGGUUCUGGUUCUCUGUUUGUUCUGGAUCAGACUGAAACUGGGGUUGUUUUGGUGAGAAGCUGGCAGUGGGGUGACGGUCUCUUCGACGUUGCGUGGAGUGAAGCUAACGAACACGUCUUGGUGGCGGGAGGCGGCGACGGCAGCCUGCAGCUUUGGGACUCAGCCAAUCAGAACGCUCCGCUGAGAGUGGCCAAGGAGCACACACAGGAGGUUUACUCUGUGGACUGGAGUCAGACCAGAGCAGAGAACCUCAUCGCCUCCGGAUCCUGGGACCGCUGCGUUAAAGUGUGGGACCAGAACCUUGGCCGCUCCCUCGCCACGCUCAGGGGUCACGAAGGGGUCGUCUACAGCUCCAUCUGGUCUCCUCACAUCCCAGGAUGCAUUGCUUCAGCCUCAGGCGACGGGACGCUCAGAGUCUGGGAUGUGAAGGCCGCUGCGUGCCGAUUGGCUGUUCCUGCUCACAAAGCUGAGAUCCUGAGCUGUGAUUGGUGCAAAUACGACCAGAAUCUGGUGGCUACAGGAUCAGUGGACUGCAGCGUGUGUGUGUGGGACCUGAGGAACGUCACACAGCCCGUCAGUCAGCUGCUGGGACACAGCUACGCCAUCCGCAGGGUCAAGUUCUCCCCGUUCAGUCGGACCGUUCUGGCCUCCUGCUCCUACGACUUCACCGUCCGGUUUUGGGACUUCGGCAGACGUCAGCCUCUCCUGGACACAGUGGAGCAUCACUCAGAGUUUGUCUGUGGAUUGGACUUCAACCUGCACGUCCCUCACCAGGUGGUGGAUUGUUCCUGGGAUGAGACGGUGAAGAUCUACUCACCGUCCUGCCUCGCUGCAGCACCAUAACACACACACACACACACACACACACACACACACACACACCGCUGGGCGUCUUCCGGACAGUGGGCGGUCCUUCCGGCUGGAUUUGAGCUCCUAUUGGCUGAUUGGACUCUGAGUUUGAGACGUGAAACCUAAUUAUAAAGUGUUUUAUGUAAAUGAUGUUUAUGAUUAAAUAAAUAUUUUCUUCAUCAUCCAGCAUCAUUUCAGCAGCAGAACCUCCAAACCUUUUGGUAACUAAACCCUAAAUCCACUUUCCACUGCAGACAAACUGAAUAGUUUUUAUGUUUCUGUGCAAAUUGUGAUCGCAAGUGUCUCAGUGCUGCCCCUAGCGGUUGAAUGGUGGUACUGCAGCUGAAUUUUCCUAUUGGUUCCAGCGUUGCAGCCCUGUGAUUGGCUAUAACCGCCUCACUCAGACGCGCCCCCUGGUGGCGAGUCAGGAGGCGGAACAACGUUGAUCAACAGCGCUGCCCGAGUGACGCAGAGCGAACUGGCGCCGUUUGCGGCGGAACACCGGAUUUCUUUCUACUCACGGUUUUGAAAAGUUAACAGAUUUUAUGAGAGUCACUUUUAUUGCUUUACAGUGAGAUGGUGAAUUAAACUGACUACAUGGAGACAUUAUUAUUAUUAUUAUUAUUAUUAUUAUUAUUAUUAUUAUUACUGCCAUUGGUUUUCAGUGUUUUCGUUAAGAAGUAAAAACAUCCUCCUCUGAAGAAACAUUUCCACAGUUAGCUGAAAUAAAACGCAUUUGAAGAGUGAAUGAGUGAAAGAGUGAAUGAGUGAACCCGGACCCCUGCAGGUUCUCAUGGUUCCUGAUCUUUUCUGUUCCUGGGGCCUGGAGGACGGCGGCCGGAUGUGGGCGGGGCUUCCCGCUGCCGCCCUGAAAACUGAUAUUCUGAUCAAAUAUCGCACUUAAAAUGAUUCCCCCGCCUGUCGGGAGCUCAGCUCAUCCUGAACAGGAUCAUUAACGUUUAUCCCGGGAGAAACAGAACCCGACUGGGUCAGAACUUCAGAUCUGAACACGUUCAGUCUGAACGCAGUUAAACCUUCAGGAGCCAGAAGGAAAUCAGCCUUUAAAAUGAAAGAAAACUAUAAAAAAGUGAGUUUUAUUUUAACUGAUUAGU